GUCUUCGAAAAUGAGGUGGCCUUAAUUUUCUGGAUAUGCUGACACAUUUGCAUGCAGGAGCUUUUGCAUCUACGACAAUCGAUUUACAGGAUGCUGCGCUACAAAGGCGAAGUUGACUUCGGGGAAAACAACCACCGCCGCCACAACAAGAGCGCCGAACAUCAUAGCCAUUAGCAUCGUUAACAUUAUCAUCCACCGCCCUUCGUUUGUGCCAAGCUAGCACUUCGUUACCUGCCACUUAGACACUUUUGGCGAGCUACCGACCGAACGAGCAUUUCAGUCAUUUUCGAACAUGAGCGCCGUUGGUUUCAAUAAAAAUAAACGCACCGGUCCGGUUGUUUUCUGAAUAGAUCACAAAUCAACAAAGAAUAUAUGUAUAUAUAUGUAAUAGAAAUAAAUAAAAUAUGUACUUUAUAUACAAUACAAAAUAAAAAUAAAGUAAAAAAGAGCAUAUGAAUUUUUUUGUUUGAACAAAAUUUUUCAACGAUUAACACUAAAAAUAGACCAAACGACUUGUAUAUUUAUUACGUGUAUAAGGGAUUUGCAGUGCGGCGCUUUGUGAGAAUAGCAAAAACAACAACAACGAUAUACAUACAUAUACACGUGUAUAAACAUUUGGUGCUUGCAAAAUAUUUAAAUUUGAAAUUCAUUAAUCUGUGACAUUCAUUUAUGUUCAUAUGUAUGCAGUGAAUUAAUGCAAAAAAAAAUAUUAAUUAUUAAAAAACGUUAAUAAAUCAACAUAUAUGAGAAAACUUUUUGAAAAAAUAUAUUUAACACACAUAUAGAACUGGAGAUUAAAUACAUACCGCUCAAAAUGCCCGCAUCGAAUACGAUAGUUUUGAAAAGCCUUUCAAUACUACUUGGAUUAUUUUUUAUUUUUGUCGGGCUGCUUAAGUUGACGCCAGCUAUUAGUAAGGAUCUGUUUAAAGAUUUGCGAACAGAAUAUGUUAAAUAUGCUAAGGUUUUUCCUCUGGCUACAUUAUUUGGCUUUAAAGUACCCUCAAAAUGGUAUCGGCGAACUGUUGGUAUACUGGAAAUAACUUGUGGGCUUGCUAUGGCACUCAUUCCAUAUCAUAAAGUAAAAAAUGCUGCCAAUGUAACUUUGUUGCUGCUAAUGAUUUUGGGCGUCUAUCAACAUUGGAUGGUCAGUGAUCCUUUUGAACGUUCGGGACCGGCGCUUGUAUUCACAUUCAUGUUGGGUGGGCGACUUGUAGUUUGGUAUCAGACAAGUCGAAAGGAAGCUGAACUAGCUGCUGCCGCACAACCACAGACGAACGGAGUUAAACAGGACUAAGAUAUUAAAUAGAUAACAGAAGAAAAAUGCAUAAAAAUCAGAGCCAACCAAUUUUAAUCAAAUAAACGCAUAAUUACCAUAAACAAAUCGCACAUCACUAUAUACUAGAUACAUAAACCCCAUAAAACAAUCGAAAUACAUAAACUUCACGAAGUUACACAUAAUAUAGCCAUCUAUCAUUCAUGCCAUAUAUGCAAACAAAAAAGUAUAUGCACUCUCACAUUUUAAUCUAAGCGCCCCAACAAAAACUAGUGAAUUUAUCGUAUAUUUUUCAACAAAUUUUUUUUCUAAAUAAUAAUACCCUCUGUUAGUCCAAUAACAAAAAAUUUGCUCAAUAGUAGCUAAAUUUAAUGACAUAGCAAUGAGAUGAAAUGAAUUCUAGAUAAUCAUAAAAAAACUAAGUGCACGCAUCUAUUAAAAUCAUAGAUAUUACAAACUACGCAUUGGAUCAUUAGAAAUUGAAUACAAAAGCUGAUUUCAUUUUCAUUACCAUAUCUCAAUAAAUUUUAAUAAAAAUU